GAGAGGUUGAAUGACUUACCCAAGGUCAUGCAAAUCAUAAGUGGCAAAGCCAGAGUUUGAACCGAGGUUCUUUGGUCGCAUGGGAAGCAAGUAGUAGAACUUCCUUAUGUCCCACGUCCUCUGCUUCCCAACCCAUUGCUUGUCUUCAUAGUUCCAGAGCUGAGCACUGUGCCUGAUAAGUAGUAAGUGUUUAAUAAAUGCUUAUUGACUGACUGGCUGAUUCCAUGAGGAAUGAAUGAGACUGUCUGCCUAGUCCCUUAGCUUGCACCAUGGUUUCUACAGAUGAGCCAAGCUGUGGACUUGGCCUUGGUUCCCUCUUUUCCCUCCAUUUUCCUUGACAUCCUUUCUUAGGUAGAGAUCUUGGUGCUGGUAGAAAGCCCAGCAGGGCUGCCCAGGAGACUGCUUCUCAUAUUGAGUAUUCAGAAAAGGUCUUGCUGAGGACAGGCAGGGACUGUGAGCUUCCUGAAUGUUCCUGCCCCCAUCCCUGCUUAGGUUUGGGAAGUUGGUCAAUGUGGAGCUUGGCUCCUGGGCAUCAAAGCUCAGACAUGCCCUCAUUUUACCAAUGGGACAUCAAAUGACACCAAGUGAAGCCUAUUGCCAACUUGCCCUGUCUCAUGUUACCCAAAGCCUCCCUUGCAUUCAAAUCAGGUGCCUUCCUCCUUUUGCCGUUGCUUUCUUGGUUCUUUGGAAGGUCUCUUGUCAUUGUGAGUCAUGCCACGUGAUUGUAGCCACAAGGCUAGCAGAGGUGGUGAGUUGCAAAGUGACUACUUUGCCCCUGGGGGUGCAGAGGAAGGAUUCUGGCCAUAUUCUUUUCUUCGGGGCCUCCAACAGAUACUACACAGCCUACUUCUUAAUCAGAAUUCCUAAACAUUCUCGUUUCCUCAAGUGCCUCUCUGACCCAUUCGUCUGGCUGCAGUUUUUUCUUGGAUUUGGUGGUCCCCUCUAUCUGCUGGGAGAAGAGAGAGGGGGCUAACUUAGACAGGAGUGGUGAUGAGGGCAAGAAGCCAAUUCCUGUCGGCUCCCCCUUGGGGAAGUCCAGCAGUUUAGGUAGGAGCAGGAACCCCUUUCCCCACCCCUCAUUGAUUUCUAUUUACCCAAUUGUGCUUUGCGGGAUAUUCAACCCAAGGAACAUGACAUCCGUGACUGAACGUAAGAGGAAGCCUAAAUUCUCCAAGGAUGAGCUGGACAUUCUGGUCACUGAGGUGACCCACAACGAAGCUGUCCUCUUUGGGAGGGAGACCAUGAGGCUGUCCCAUGCCGACAGGGACAAGAUCUGGGAAGGCAUAGCUCGGAAAAUCACCUCUGUUAGCCAAGUGGCCCGCUCAGUGAAGGACAUUAAACACAGAUGGGAUGAUCUGAAGAGGCGUGCCAAAGACAAACUGGCCGCCAUGCAGAAGUCGCUGUCUGGCCCUGGCGGCGGAAGUCACCCCCCCACCAUUAUCCUUACUGCCCACGAAAGAGCCACUGAGUCCUCGUUACACGCCUCCCACUCAGUCCAUGGCUUCCCAAGAGCAGAUCUGAAUGGCGUGGACAGCCCUUCAACUAGCUAUGAUGAAGAUGAGGAGACUCCUGGCCCCUCACAUCAGCCCCCUCUGACAUCACUGCACCAAGAUCAAGAAGAAGUUGCCCGCCUGGCCAGGCCAGCCCUCUUCCAUUCUUUAUCCUCUUCCAACCAGUCAGAGACAGUGGAAACCAAGCCAGAGGACAUGCCACCAUCAUCAUCCCAGGCUCCCCCGCAUUCCCAUUCCCAGAGCCCCCCAUUCUCAGGCUUUGACCAGCAUCACUUCCAUUCUCAUGCCCAGGAGUCCGAGCCCUUCCAACGGUUUUGCCAGGAGCUGGUGACCGUCCACCGGGGCAUGGCAGACAGUAUGCACACCAUAGGCCAGGCUAUGGCCGAACUGACUGGGUGGGUCAGCCAGAUGUGCCAGAUGCUAAGCGAGAUCCGAGAUGGAGUCCGGGCACUCCAGCAGGUGCCCAGCCUGGCGCCUGCCACAGACACACCACUCCAGCCUGAGCCCCACCGAGCAGAGCCCAGCCUGGAGCCAACCCCACCCUCAAGGACUACUCGAUCUCGGAAGCGAAAACACCAUUUCUAACCAAACCAAGCUGGGCUGGAAAGAAAAACAUACAGAAAGGGGUUAGCUGUCCCUGAGCAUGGGGGCCUUCAUUACAAAGAAGGGCUUCCUCGUCUCAGUUCAUAGUGUUCAGGCACAUCAUCAGGAAAGUCUCAGGCUCGCUCCUUAGAUAUGUCUAGGGACAAGCCAUCACCUUCUCCUCUUUAUGUCCUGCCAAAAUUGGAGGUCUGGCAGGAACCAGCGGGUGCUCACCAGCUUCAGUGAGUCACCCCCUGAGGUCUUCGUCCCAUUGGGCAGCCAACCUAAGUUGGGGGGGUCUGGGUGGGAAAUUUGAUUUUCCCACUCUAAAGAGACCAGAAUGGUGAUUGACUGUGUGGUCCAGGCAGGUGGCUCAGCUCUCUUGACUACAGGCCCCUAGGCUUGAUUUCUGCUGAUGAAAGAUGGGGAGAGGGUGGUGCUUGGAACUCAGCACGUUCAGACAAACUGGCUAUGCUCUCUGCUUGAUGGUGCCCCUGCUUGGGCCCUUGGACUCAGCUCUGGCUUGAAUGCUUUUGUGUGAGCCAUUACGUGAGCUUAGUUUUGAGUUUUUGCCUUUUGUGGGGCAGGGUGGGGUGUCUGUGAAGAACAGGAUGAGAUGGAAAGGAAUUCCCUUGAAGAAUAGUCCUACCUCCUACAGCUAAGGCACUGUAUUUUAUAAAGCUCACUCAAAAUGUACUCUCGCUGGAUCCUCCGAACAGCCCUGUGAGACUGGGAGGCAGGGGAGAGAGUCUGAGUCACAUUUUGCAGGAUGGGAAAAAUGAGGCCCAGGGAAGUUUUAAGUGACUUGCCCAAGAUCAAGGAGCCAAUAGGUGGGUAUAUCUGGGUCUUUCUGUCUUCACACCUCUCUUCUUUCUUUUCCACCAGCCAGGAGCUCUAUCUUUGGUGGCAAAAGAGGAGGAGAAUAUAUCUGCCUCUAUUGAUGAGGGAGCCUGGCCUUUGUCCCAGCGUCUCCUAUCCUGUAGCUUUUCUUGACCCUCAUCCCUUGGUUUUGACACUGAGGAAGCAGACUUCCCAGGAGAAUAGUCAGUCUCUCUUCCCCUCCUCUGUCCUGGGACAGAGGUGAGGUCUGAAUGGAUGAGGAGUGGGUCACAAGACAGCACUUCAGAUGGAUAAUUCUCUUCCCUUCUUCCUGGCGUUCUAGUGGCAUUGGGAUCCCUUCAGUUGCUCUGGUUGUCCAGAGCUCUCUUGUAGAUAAGAUAACAUGUGUAAGGGUACAAAUACACACAUCUAUAGUUUUUUCUAGAUUUCAUUUUGGUGUUUGGCCUAUAGCACGAAAGCUGCAUUCAUGGUGUCAGGGAGGGAGUUUGCAGGGAGUUCAGCCCAGUGAGCCUCACUGUGCUUUCUCUUUGGCCUCCUGUUCCAAAGGCUGGCCCAAAUAAGAGCCCCCUGAGUCAGGACUGAAACCUCGACCACCUAGACCAGGAAAGUGAGUCUCUCCUGGACUCAUCAUGGCAAACUAAACCCCAUGUCCUCAGGUUUGAGGUAGGGGAGGAGACAUUGAGUGCCCCAGGGCCUUCCCUCAAACUUCUUUCUCCACGCUGAUAUCUUAGAGUAGCAUUUCAUUGCUACCUGAGCUGAAAAUCCCUUAUUCCAUAACCCAUGGCUAUGCUUCAACCCUGCCCCCCCCCAAAAAAAAUUUCCCUUGAAAGUAUUUUUGUUAAAAUGGUAAUAAAAAGAAAUAUCUAACACUUCUAACAUACCUAGCCUUCAAGUUCUUUCUUUGGUGUGCGUUCACUUCCUAUCCUCCUCCACCCCCUUCCACCUCUCACCCAAUUUACCAUGUGUGUUCUUGGGCCCUUGAGGAGCUAGUAUAGAUGAUUGCAAAGAAGCCAGUAGGCAGAAGAGCCCUUUCUGCUUUCUGAAUACCUCAAAUACCACUCUGUCUUUGGAGCACUGUCCCCCUUCCCAUCGUAACUAUUGAUAUCCGACCCAUCAUAACUAUUGAUAUCCAACCUAUCCUGCAAAGCCCAUGCUACCUCCUCAGAGAAGACUACUUCUAAUGGGAAAUGAGUUCUUCCUGAUCUGAUCUCAUAGUACUUUGUACUCCUCUCAUAUACUUACCAUAUUCUAAUUUUUAUUAUUUUCAUCUGCCUGUGCCUGAUCCCCUGUAAUAGAUUGUAAGCUCCUUGAGUCAAGGACUGGGUCUAAUUCUCUUUGUACCUUUACCAACUCUGUUAGCUAUGCACCCCACACAGUAGA